UGUGAGGAAAUGGAGGGAGUAGUGAGCAAGGAAAGAGAGGAGAGGUGGUCUCUGCGUCACACGACGGCUUUGGUUACUGGCGGUACGAAAGGAAUUGGACGUGCUAUUGUAGAAGAAAAAGCUGGGUCUGGAGCAUCAGUUUAUACCUGCAACCUUGAUGAAGGCGAGCUUAACCAAUGUUUGCAUGAAUGGAAGGCAAUGGGAUCAGCUAUUCAUGGUUUAGUUUGUGAUAUAUCCUUGCGUCCGAAUUGGGAGAAAUUGGUUGAAACUGUUUCUGCACAUUUUAAGGGGAAGCUCAAUUUCCUUUUGACCACAAAUGAUAAGAGUCAAUGGUUGCACAAACUCUUGAGCGGCGGAUAGGGGAGCCUGUAAAUGGUUGGUAUCC